GAAGCUAAAGAGUCAUAACCAAUUUCCGGCCUAGGGCUUGCACUGUGUGGAGUCGCGUGGUCUUGCGGCCGGGGUCUUGCGGGACCCGUAAACUCCCCUAAGCCACAGGUGCCAGGCGGGGCAUCCUGGGAGAGUCAGCGGCUCAGCGGCGGGAACCGCAUCCCGGCGACCCUGGAACCUCCCAGGGCUCACUGAUCACCCAGACCUGCUCACCUGUGGAGCACAACAGCGAGACCUGGAAGAUGGAGAGGGAGGAGACAGUAGCUAAGGAUCCAGGGCCACAAGCCGGCUAUUCAUUGUUCUUCAAAGAGAAAAUCAAAGAAAAGAAACAGAAAAAAAUAGCUGAUUCUCCAUUAAUCAUGUCCCAGCGUCUGUUGACAUUUGGGGAUGUGGCUGUGGACUUCCCCCAGGAGGAAUGGGAAUGCCUGAACUCUGCUCAGAGGGCUUUGUACAUUGAUGUGAUGUUGGAGAAUUACAGCAAUCUGGUCUCUGUGGAGAACUAUUGCAUACAUGAUGCUGUCCAUCAACAUGUGAAGACUGAAAAGGAGUUUUGUCAGUGUAAUGAGCUUGGUGAAAUGCUUCAAGAUGCCUCCAACUCUGCACUUUAUAAAAGAAGUGACACUACAGAAACCUCUAAUAACCACAGGUGCCCUAAGGACAGGGAUGCCUCUGUUGACUCCUCAAAUCCAGAUAGACAUAAAAGCACACACACUGGACAAGAACUUCACAAAUCUGAAGACUGUGAGAAAUCUUUCAGUUUGUGUUCCAACAUUAGUGAAGAUCAGAGACUCUAUAUUGGAAACAAACUGCAGAGUCAGGGAGACUAUGAUGACAAUUUCCUCUCUACCUACAGUCUCAUGCAACAAACAAUCUACAUUGGAGAGACACCACACCAGUGUGGGAAAUGCAGGAAAUGUUUCAGUACCGCCUCAAGCCUCACUAUACAUCAGAGAAUUCACACUGGACAGAAACCCUACAAGUGCAAUGUUUGUGACAAAUCCUUUACCCAGUGCACAAAUCUUAAAAUACAUCAAAGACUUCAUACUGGGGAGAAGCCUUACAAAUGCAGAGAAUGUGGAAAGUCAUUUCCUCAGUUGUCAGCACUUAAAAGCCAUCAGAAAUUGCAUACUGGAGAGAAGCCUUACAAAUGCAAGGAAUGUGAUAAAUCCUUUGCCCACUCUUCCAGUUUCAGGAGACAUCAGAAUAUCCAUAGUACUGAGAAACAUUAUACUUGUCAACAGUGUGGCAAAGUCUUACAUCAACUUUCACACCUUAGAAGCCAUUACAGACUCCAUACUGGAGAGAAGCCUUACAAAUGCAAUGAGUGUGACAGGUCCUUCAUCCACUAUGCAUCAUAUAGAAGGCAUCAGAAAACUCAUUCUCUAGAGAAUUUUUACAAAUGCAAAGAAUGUGGUAAGUCCUUUCUUGAAUUAUCACAUCUUAAAAGGCAUUACAGAAUCCAUACUGGAGAAAAGCCUUACAAAUGUGAGGUAUGUGAUAAAUCCUUUACUGUUAAUUCUACUCUUAAAACACAUCAGAAAAUUCAUACUGGAGAGAAACCUUUUAAAUGCAGAGAAUGUGAUAAAUCUUUUACCAAGUGCUCACAUCUUCGAAGACAUCAGAGUGUUCAUACUGGUGAGAAACCUUACAGAUGUAAGGAAUGUGACAAAUCUUUUACUGAGUGCUCAACUCUUAGAGCACAUCAGAAAAUUCAUACUGGAGAAAAACCUUAUAAAUGUAGAGACUGUAACAAAUCCUUUAUCCAGCGUUCAAAUCUUAGAAUACAUCAGAGAGUUCAUACUGGAGAGAGACCUUACGUAUGUAAGGAAUGUGGCAAAUCUUUUACUAAGUGUUCAACUCUUCAAAUACAUCAGAAAAUUCAUACUGGAGAGAAACCUUACAAAUGUAUGGAAUGCAACAAAUCCUUUACCCAGGACUCACAUCUUAGAACACAUCAGAGAGUUCAUACUGGAGAGAGACCUUACAUAUGUAAGGAAUGUGGCAAAUCUUUUACUAGGUGCUCAUAUCUUAGAGCCCAUCAGAAAAUUCAUACUGGAGAGAAACCUUACAAAUGCCAAGACUGUGAUAUAAUGAUCCUGGCAUGGUGGAAUGUCUCCCUCAUGGACAAGCACAGUAAGUUAGUUAUCAAACAAACCAAAAUCCUACCAGAUACUGGCACAGACAAAAAAACAAAAAUUACACACUCAUGUGGUCAUUUCAAAGAAAUUUGAGUUGGGCAUGGUAGAUAGCACAUACCUUUAAACACAGGAUUACACAGAAAAACCCUGUCUACAGUCAAUGAGUGGAUGAAUGAGCCCUCCCCUUUCCACCCCCCCACACUUUCUAUUAUUAGCUGUUUUAUACUCAUACGUAUAUACACAGAAUGUGUGUGUGCAUUUGUAUGGGCACAUCUAAUACUGCCCACACUCACGUCCUACCUCUCCACGACUCUGGCCCACAAUUCCAACAGUCACUGUACUGUGUUCAUCUCUAUUCAUUUUGCCUGGGACCCACUGAGAUGACCCAGAGCCAUUUGUGAGACUGUGGGUUUGCAGCUAUGUGCUGGAGCCUGAUGUGCUCAGCACAGGGUAACAACUAAAGCAGUGAUUCUUCUACAAACUAUCCACAGCCAACGUCUGAGAGAUAAAGUGAGCCGUUCCCUUUCCUAGACUGACUGUGGUCUUAUGAGGCCAGUGCAGGUAAGUAGAGUUUCUGUUGGUUACUGUUUACACUAGUUGUAUGGAGUCUAGAGAAUGGUGUGGCUUAACCCUUCCCCCUCUUUCUCUUAUUUUCUAACCAUCUCUUUCUCAGUGUUCCCAGAGCUACAGAUGGGAUGGUGUAACUGACUUUUUUAGGCCCGGGACCACAUACCUUACUUAUUUUCUGCAUUUGGGGCAGCCAAGAGUCUGCAUCCACCACUCCAUUUUUUAAAAAGAAGGAAAAAGGAACAUUUUCUGUUUUCUCUCGAAGCACCUGUGUAUGAGUCACAGAAGACUUAAAUGACAAGACCGCCAUCUAGUGGGGAAAGUAAUACAGCGCGGGAUGAAUUCACCCCUAGGCUGUUAGCAAAGGCGGGACCACAGACUUCUUGAGAUACCUAUUUCUUUUCAAAAUCCAAGUUCUUUAAAUAUCUCUCCCCAAGUAAAAAUUUCAGAGUUUU